GACAGGGAGCGUGCCGGAAGCUUACGACGUUGGUUGGUGAAAUAAAUUACUAGCAAUAAUUCCUCCCAUGCCCACCAAUAACGAGAUAAGAAAGCAGCGGUCCCUACUUGCCAAAAAAGCUUCGCUGUCCGGGGUCCACGUCCGUGCGUGACGACGUGGUUAACUUGAUCUUCGACAGGCCCAUCUCAGCCGUCCGUCUAUCUCUUCGCCAUGUUUCGACCGUGCGUGACGGCGGGGUUAACUUGACCGUCGACACUCCCUGACACCGCUGACGAGGAAAGAGAGGGACAGCAAUGAGAACGCCGAUUCAUUCCACCACCAACGGCCACUUCCCAAAUCCCCAUCCCGAUAGAAAGAGAGAGAAGAAACCGACGCGAACAUCUCUCCUCCGCUCGCCGGAAAGGAACACGAGAGGGGCGCACGGUGUCAACUGUCAACAAUCCUCGUGCUUGCACCCCCUAUCGAUUGCUUCCCCGCUUUUCCCACCUUCAAUUUGAGAUAGAAAGGUCGCCGCUUGACUGUUUGCAGGAGGAGAUGGAGCCACCCGCUGCAGAAAAGGAAGAGAAGCUCGGCGGAGAAGCGAAAUCGGAUGGAGGAGACCGGAAGAAGGAAGUGGUCGUCGACUCGUCGCCGGGAGAGAUGAGGGUGUCCAGGUUGCAAACGCCGCAUCCGGUGGCCCCCAUCCAAGUCGCCCCGCCCGCCGCCGCCACUUCAGCCACCGCCUCCGCCGGCUACCAACCCACUCCAACUCCACAUCAGGUCGACAGCCGCGGCUCGCUCAACUCCAAGGUGUACACCAAUCAGAUUUCGCUGCUGCUCUUCGUCUUCCACCUCCUUGUCGCCGGCGCCGCCAUGUGCUUCUUCUCCUACAAGGGCGUCCAGGGGUUGCUCGACUUCAGCUCCCCCAGGGCCCGAAAGGAGAGGCAUGUGCUCAAGUUCUGGCUUCCGCCCAUCGAGGGCGCCUCCGUCCUUAGCAUCGUCCUCGCCUUCGUCUGGCAGAAAGCGGUGCGGUUAUAUCCCACCGUAAUGGUCCACUUCAUCCUCUGGGCCAGCUUCUUCGCCACCAUGGCCGCCGGAAUCCUCCUCCUCUGCUUCUCCCUCCCGACCACCGACGGGCUCGGCGUCGCACUCAUCGCCUUCUCAAUCGGCGCCGGCCUCUACACCUGCUGGGUCACUCGUCGCGUCGCGUUCACGGGGCAGAUCUUCAGCCUGGCGCUGAGACCGGUGACCAAAUUCCCGGACCUGAAUGGUCCGGUCUACCUUAUGAUGGGCGUCGGGUUCCUCUGGAUCUCGGUGUGGUGCUUUGCAGUCAUCGGAGCCCUCAACUUCUACUACCCGCCACUGACCAUCCUCGCGCUGGUGCUGAGCCUGGCUUGGACGGCCGAAGUGAUGCGCAAUGUGGCCAAUUUGACGGUAAGCCGAGUGAUCGCCCUGUACUACCUUCGGGGAAUGCAGACGAACACCCAGUUCAGCUUCCAGCGCGCCACCACCAUCAAUCUCGGCAGCGCCUGCCUCGGCUCACUCUUCGUCCCCUCCAUCGAGGCGCUCAGGAUCAUCGCUCGCGGCCUCAACUUGUUGGAGGGAGAGGACGAGUUCUUGUUCUCCUGCGCUCACUGCUGCCUCAGAGUCAUGCACUCCAUCUUCCGCUACGGGAACAGCUGGGCCUUCGUCCAUAUUGCUGCAUACGGAAAGGGGUUUGUGCAAGCGUCGAUGAGCACGUGGGGGCUAUUCGAGCGGAACAAGAUGGAAGAGCUCGUCGACUCGGAUAUCACCAGCGCUGUCUGCUUUCUGACCGGAGUGACCAGCGGUGCCCUCUCGCUCAUCUUCGCCGCGUCGUGGACCUUCUCGUCCCAUAAGCACUACACGCCCACCGUCUCCCUGCUCGCCUUCUUCGUCGGCUAUCUCAUGACUCGGAUCGGCAUGGCGCUCCCGCACGCGUGCGUGGCGUGCUACUACGUCUGCUACGCCGAGAACCCGACCUCGCGGCUGUUCGACUCGACCAUCAAGGAGCGGCUCAGCAAGAUCGAACGCGAUGGGACCGUGGCAACGCCUCGGCGCAUCGCGACCACCUGAACCUCCCCUCCACACCGACGCCGGCUGUCCUUUCUCCGCCCGAGACGCGCCGUGCGAUCGAAGGGCGUUUUGACACCCGGCGAUGUGGCCAAUCAAACGCCCACCACGACGACGACGGAACCGGCGCUGCACGAAUCCAGAUUCGAGCUCGAGAUCGCGCCAGCUAGCGCUGGACGAAUCGGAGGCGCACGCCAAGUGUAUGUAUAUUUGUCUCAGUCAAAAAAGACGAGAAUCGUAGCGCGACCAAGUGGGGGAGGCGUCGUCGUCGUCGUCGUCGUCAGAGUCGCUGUCCGUGCAUUAAGUAAUGCGAGUGGUGGGUGCGGCUUUCACUGCGACAGAACGUGGGGCAGCUCUCACGGGAUGGAUGAUGGAUCGAUUUGAUUGGAGGAGGGAAAAUAGCCACGAGACAAAUCAACGUCCCCUGUGCCUCGUACUUUUUCUCCUAGAAUAAUUAAUUAUUUCAUCACUUCGUUUGGCACGUGAAAGUAUGAAACAAUACGAUAUCUGCUUGUAGUCCUAAACGCGUCCCAUUUGUUUCAGUUAUUUACUCCAUCAGAAAUAUUCUAGUUUGAUGUUACA